ACCUGUCCAGACGGUCAGCCUGCGGCCAGUCAGUGCGAGCUCGACAGCCACUGUUUCAGCUUCGGCAAAUAUAUUUGUCACUGCGGACUUUGCUGCCCAGUUCAGCAUCUGUGUUCUGACGGUACAUGGGCAGAGAAGCGGUGCUGCAAUCAAAGCCAGUGUCAUCUCGCGUUGAAUAGCAGUUAUGAAUGCGAACGUGGUCUCUGUUGCCUUCCAUCCAGCACGGCGCUCUGUGCUAAAGGAAACUGCUUAGGCAAAUCGAGGUCUAACUACAUGAAGCUGACAAAAGAUGACGAAAAUCUCUUCGAGAUAUGCAAGAUGCCAGAUCCGCCAUGCACCAUAUCGAAACACUGUUUAUCAUACGGAAGCAGCUUUAUGUGCGUUGAAGGACAAUGCUGUAGCCUGUCUCCCGAGGUUGAUAGCGACGACCUUUCUGAAAGCACAACGGAAGAAUCGACGUUUUCUUGCCCACUGCCGAGAAACAAAUGCAAAAGGAGGGUCGAAUGCAAACGGUACGGAGAGCAGUACACUUGUGAUCAUGGUUGGUGUUGUCCAGUGAAAGAGAACGGUGAUUCUGCAUGCAGUGGCCCGACUGGAUACUGCUCACAGAACAGCGACUGUGAAACCAAUGGUGGUGGUUUUGUAUGCCGUGACGGAAAGUGCUGCGAGUAUCAGCAACAGACCGUUAAAACUUCACCGUGUAAAUAUCCCCGAAACGCCUGCGAAUCAUCUGCUGACUGUGCUGUCCUUGGGAAAACAUAUGCCUGUCGCAAAGGCUUCUGCUGUGACACGAACCAGGGGAUCGCUUCACAGUACGAAUGCUUAGAUCCUUUGGACUGUACUCGGGAAUUUGGCGAUGGCUACGACUGCGUCAACGGCUUCUGUGAGGAGACCUCCACCGUUCAGUCCAGGAGUGACGAUCGAUGCAUAUUUUCAUGGGAAUGCGAGGAAAUGUUCGGCGAUGAGUAUAAAUGCAUAAACAACAACUGUCUAAGGAAUAAAUCUGUUUAA